AUGAGACACACGAAGAAGAAAAGGAAAAGGAAGAAGGAGGCUCUGACGCGCUCAGCGAUGGCCUCGAUGGACUCGCUGCUGCUGUCCACGUCCGAGGCGGCGCCGUCCUACCUCAGUACGGCCGACUAUUACCCCAGAAAAUUGGGGCCCAAGCCCGAUGUGGUUCCGACCGGCGUGACCGAGCGAAAGGUGGGCCCGCUGGACAAACCGGACAUGGUUGCGGUGGACGUCAUCAACGUCAGCGAACACGAAAUGCCCCCAAUGCACAAGAAGAAACAUGACACGUAUGUCCUGGGCACGAUCCAUCCCUUCAGGAAGACCCACAGGUCUUUACCUGGAAAACUCAUGCAAGAAUUGCGAUUGGUCACGUCUGACAGACGGUCCUGGAGGAUUCUGCUGUUUGGUUUCCUCAACCUGAUGUGCACCGCCUGUCUGCUGGUGUGGUGCAGCUCCACCAACAGCAUGGCUCUGACAGCCUACACCUACCUGACCAUCUUCGAGCUCUUCAGCUUGGUCACGUGUCUGAUCAGCUCCUGGGUGAGCAUGAAGAAGCCCAGCCAGGUCUUCUCCUUCGGGUUUGACCGUCUGGAGGUUUUGGCCGUUUUUGCGUCCACUGUGCUAGUCCAGCUGGGAGCCUUGUUCAUCCUCAAGGAGAGCUUCGAGCGCUUCAUGGAGCAGCCGGAGGUCCACACCGGCCGCCUGCUGGUGGGGACCUUUGUGGCUCUCCUCUUCAACCUGCUGACUCUCAUGUCGGUACGCAACAAACCCUUCGCCUGCGUGUCCCAAGCGGCCAGCAGCAGUUGGCUUCAGGAGCACGUCGCAGAUCUGAGCAGAAGUUUGUGCGGCGUGAUUCCCGGUCUGAGCGGCGUGUUGCUGCCUCGCAUGAACCCGUUUGUGCUCAUCAACCUGGCGGGGGCGCUGUCCCUCUGCGUCACCUACAUGCUCAUCGAGAUCAACGACUACAACAGCGUGGACACGGCGUCGGCGGUGGCCAUCGCCCUCAUGACCUUUGGCACCAUGUACCCCAUGAGCGUUUACAGUGGCAAAGUGCUGCUGCAGGCACUGCCCUCUCACGUCAUUGGUCAGUUGGACAAGCUGCUCCGCGAGGUGUCGACGCUUGACGGCGUGCUAGAAGUUCGCAACGAACAUUUCUGGACGCUGGGAUUCGGAUCGCUGGCGGGUUCGGCCCACGUGCGCAUCCGGCGGGACGCCAACGAGCAGCUGGUCCUGGCGCACGUCACCAAUCGUCUGCUGCUGGUGUCCACGCUGACCGUGCAGAUCUUCAAAGACGAUUGGACGCGGCCCCUUCUCACGGGGGCGCUCUCGCCCUCGACCGGCCCGCCUCCGAGGCCCGCCGUCGAAGGUUCCUCUUUGCCGCCCGCGCUGCUGGACUUGGACCCGCUGACAUCGACGCCCUCCAAGCCCAGCAGCCCGCCGCCCGAGUUCGCCUUCGACACGCCCGGGCGGAACGCUCAACCCGUUGUUGCUCACGGCGACCGCCUCACCCGGCACCAGCACAUCCACGGGCCCUACCGGGGUCUGGUCUACGCCGGGGCGCCGGGCUUAACCGCCCCGGCCGCCGCCCCCGCGAGCUUCCGUGUACCAGGACUGGGCGGCGGAUCCGGGCUCGGAGGGGCCGACUACAGAGCCUUGGGGAGCUCCGCCCAUCACUACAGACAUUACAGCCCCAAAUAAUUAGGCCGACAGCGCAUAUCAAGUACGUGCCCUGAUGGACCAAUCGGAACUCUUGAGGAAUUCUCCCAUUCCGCAGAAGUUUUUUUUGAAAACAUUUUUUUAUUUUUCAAUGUUGAUUUUCAAGAUGACAUUAUUGUUGUCAACUGCCAUUGAUUUUGUAAGUACGAAACAUUCCUCGCAAGAGGUAAUAAACCUUAUUUAAGGUUUCA